AUGAGUGGACUAUCAGCUUGACUGCAGGUUUCCUAAAGGCAUGCGCGAUUGCAGCCUGUUAUUGGAAGUUUUGGAGCAGUCUUGGAGUGAGUGUGGUGCGGUGUUUUCUCACCUAAAGAUGGUCACUUUAAUGAUAAGCAGCGUUCUGGCAGGGCUCCUGGCUCUUCUCCUCUACCAGAGAAUCACUUACCCCUUCCUGUGGUUGGAUUUGAUUUAUUACUUGAGACUUCGGGGGUACAAAAAGUCGCUGCAGGCUCGUAUGCAGCGAGGGAUCGUCACGUACCUCGACUGUUUCCUGUACCAGGCGAGGAAGAAUCCGAACAAACCGUUCAUCAUCUUCGAAAAGCAGACUGUGACAUACCAGGACGUGGACAGGAGAAGUAACCAGUUUGCGGACGUGUUCAGGACGAAGGGCUCUCUCAAACAGGGGGACGUCGUUGCUCUGUGGAUGUUCAACGAACCGGAUUUCAUCAGUGUGUGGCUCGGGCUGUGUAAACUGGGCUGUGAAGUCGCUUUUCUCAACGUCAACAUUAAAGCCAAAUCUCUGCUUCACUGCUUCCAGAGCUGUGGAGCCAGGACGCUGGUUGUUGGCGCAGGGCUCCAGCACUCUGUGGAGGAGGUGCUGCCUGAUCUGAAAGACAGCAUGGCUGUCUGGGUGGUUGAUCACACGUCAACCUCUGAGGAUUUCAACAGUUUAUUGGAUAAACUGGAACACAUGUCAGGAGAAUCCUUCAGUGACCUUCCUAAUGUUGACAUCAUGUCAAACUUUCUCUUCAUUUUUACUUCAGGCACCACAGGUCUCCCCAAGGCAGCCAGAGUAGGUCAUCUGAAAGCCAUUAUGAGUAUGGCCUUCUUUGAAAUGUGUGGAGCCACAUCUGAUGACAUCAUCUACAUCACUCUUCCUCUGUACCACAUGUCUGCUUCUCUGUUAGGGAUUGGAGGUUGCAUCCACCUUGGUGCAACAUGUGUGUUAAAAAAGAAGUUUUCUGCCAGUCAGUUUUGGAAGGACUGCGUGAAACACAACGUGACUGUGGUGCAGUACAUUGGAGAGCUCUGUCGAUAUCUGGUCAACCAUUCUACAAUUCCAGAGGAGAGGGCUCACAGAGUUCGGCUGGCAGCAGGAAGUGGUCUCAGGUCAGAUGUUUGGAAGGAGUUUGUCAGACGCUUUGGUAAGAUCAAGAUCAGAGAGGGUUACGGCCUGACCGAGGCCAGCAUCGGCUUCCUCAACUACACAGAUGAGAUCGGACCGAUUGGUAGGGCGAGCUAUUUCAACAAGCUUUCUAUGCCCUUUGAGCUUCUGAGAUAUGACCCACAAACAUACGAGCCAGUCCGAACACACUCUGGAAGAUGCAUCCGGGCACAAAUAGGAGAGGCAGGGAUCCUGGUAGCUCCUCUGACGGCUGUGAACCAGUUCCUGGGCUACGCUGGGAACAAGGUCCAGUCUGAGAAGAAGAUGCUCAGGGAUGUGUUCAAAGCUGGAGAUGUCUAUUUUAACACUGGAGACCUUCUGCUCCAUGAUUACAGGGACUUUCUUUACUUCCGGGACCGCAUUGGAGACACUUUCAGGUGGAAGGGAGAGAAUGUUUCCACCACCGAGGUGUCAGAGAUUUUAGGUCUUCUUGAUUAUAUCUUGGAGGUCAACGUCUAUGGAGUCACCAUACCAGGAUGUGAAGGUCGAGCAGGUAUGGCUGCUAUCGUCCUGAAACAGGAUCACAAAUUCAGUGGAACACAGCUCUACAACCAUUUAACAAAAACACUUCCGGCAUAUGCCUGGCCAUGGUUUCUCAGAAUACAGACCUCUUUGGAUGUGACUGAGACCUUCAAGCAGCAGAAGGUGAAACUGGUCCAGGAGGGUUUCAAUCCAGCCAUCACCCAGGAUCCUCUGUAUUUCUUAGAUGUGUCUCAGAAGGACUAUAUUCUCCUGACUACAACUCAAUAUCAGGAUAUUGUGUCUGGAAAGAUCAAUUUAUAAACCUGUAGGACAAGUUAAUGAAAGAGUACUGACGGUUAUCCACAGAACAUCGGAAGAUAAGAUGAAGUGCUGUAGCCACAUUUCCAUCUUGUCUGUACUUCAAAGCUUGGUUUGUGAUCAGUGCCACAGUAAGAAGUUACCAAGCAACCCCUUAAAACAAAAUUGUGUCUAUCCCUUCUCACAUUUGACAUAUUUACAUAUGUCAACGAGUUGUGAGCAGGUCCAAAAAAAAUAAGUAAAUAGUUAGAUUCUCAACGGUUUGCUUCCAUAAGAAGAUUUGUACUUAGUUGCUAACUGUAAAAAUAGUAGCCAGAGUUUUUAUUAGAGGUAGAUUUAUAUUAUAGACACGUCUUUAUUUCUAGUUUCAGUACAUUUGAUCAUAUUUUAAUGAGAAGCCUCUUUGUCCUGGUCUGCUGUUUUACUCAACACUUCUUUAAUAUCUACAUGUUAUCUUUAUAAAAUCAGUAUCCGUUAUCAUUUCCACAGCACUAAAUCCAGUCAUGGCUAGAAGGCUCAUAAGUUAAAGACUUUGGUUCGUCAUAUAUGUAUAAAUACAUAUUUUCAACCACAUCUGUGUCAAAAUUAUGAUUCUUGUUAAUUAUUAUAUUAUUAUCCAUCCAUCCAUCCAUCCAUCCAUCCAUCCGGUAGCUUUACUGUACUGAAAGAAUAGCAUCAUUGAUGUUAUUCUGUCUUUAUACUGAUGGAAUUAUUGCUGUGGAAAUGACCAUUAUACUGAAUUUAUCACAUUAGUAUCUGUAGUAUCUGUCCUGUUUCAGUGCCUGUUCUUAACAUGAAUCAUUCAUUGUAGCCAUGGCCAUUAUUUGAAAGACUUUUAUUUUGUGUGCAGACUUUCAUUUGAAAAUGUAUUCUAUUUACAUUUUCAGUGGUUCAGGGAAACUUUUUUUUUAGAAGGCUGGGAUUUAUACAUUUAUACUUCUUAAGUACUGUAUGAAGUAGUAGUCGUCUAAAAUUCACUGUACAUAUAACAGUUGUCUAACUUUGAGCAGAAUCUAAGAGAAAACGAGUAGAAACAGAAAUAGACAAGUUACAUGGGAAUAUUUCAUAGCUUAACACUGCUGAGUUCACCCUUCUCAGGACGGUCCGAUCAUAUCAAAACUGAUGAAUGAAUUUGUCUGAUGGUGGCGCUAUAGUAACCAUCAACUUACCUCAGCAUAGCACUUAGCAGGGGUGACACCAGCAGUGAAAUGUGAAAACUGAAAUUGAUAUUUGUCUUUUAAUCUUUUUUUGUAAUAUUGUAGAAUCUUUUGACAUGUAAUUAAUUUUUCAAUUGUAAAAUUGAACACUACUGUAAACUGUAACAUUUUCAUAUUUAUGUAUGUUUAAAUACUGACUAAUAUACA